CUCUAUCUGGACGGGUCAUCGCAUGUAGAUGAGAUGGCAUUUGAAGACCUAUGUACUAGCGCUGGUUCAUUAAAGGAGCUGAGGAUCAAUGAUUGUUACAAGAUUUCUGAUGAAAAUUUGAGUAUGAUCUCACGUACAAUGCCGGAACUGCGGGUGUUUACAUUAUGUGGUGAUCGCUUUGAAAAACUUACAUUUGCUGGGCUUUCUCACAUCACCCAUAUGACCUCGUUAGUGGAGUUAGCAUUGGACUACAACUCACUUGUUAAUGACGCUUUUUUGCUGAAAAUCACUAGCGCAUUGAGUAAUCUCAAAACUCUUAGCCUUGCCAAUGCUGGCUCGGAUCAGAAGAUAACAAUGAAAGGGCUGAAUGCAAUCGCGAAUUUGAAAGAAUUGGAGCAGCUCGACCUUUCCUCUCUUGCUGCUCUACGAUCGGGUGUUCUGCUUGAAAUUGCCUAUUCCUGCAGGCAGUUAACCCUCUUACAAUUACGAAACUGCGUCUAUCUAUCAGAUGAUGGUGUGAAGGGUUUAGCCAGAAUGAAGAAUAUCCGACACGUUGAUUUGAGCGGAUCCAUAUUGAAAACUUCGGUAACAAUUGUUGUUGGUGGAACAGCAGCGGACUCAUCACAACUUUCGGUUCGUGGUAGUCGGGUAGUUGUCGACUUCAGCGACUAUACAUCGAUACUUUCGAUGCCUGAUAGGCAGGCUAGCUCGUUUAAAAUAGGAUCUUUCUACAUUGAUGCUGUCUGUGGUGAAGAAGAAUCCCCAAUAGAAGAUGAACGUAGCCUACAAGAAUGGGCAGAGCGAGAGGCACGAAAUCUAGGGCUGAUAGGAAAAUGA